ACAUGCAGCAACAGACUUCAGAGUGUUAUACUGUGGAUCUAUCUGCAACAGAUUUCCUGUUCUUGAAAAAAGGAAUAAGAAGAGAAGAUGGAUGCAACUGACGGUCCUUAUGAGUACUACGACUACGACGAGUCAGAGAACUCCACCAUGUGUGACUAUUCUGAGUGGUCUCCGUCAUACUCGGUCAUCCCGGUGCUGUACAUGCUUAUUUUCAUCCUCGGCCUCUCUGGAAACGGGGUGGUGAUCUUCACGGUGUGGAGAGCUCAGGGUAAGCGGCGAGCGGCUGACGUCUACAUCGGUAACCUGGCCCUGGCUGACCUCACCUUCGUGGUCACCCUGCCUCUGUGGGCCGUCUACACCGCCAUGGGCUACCACUGGCCCUUCGGAGUGGCCCUGUGCAAGAUCAGCAGCUACGUGGUGCUGCUCAACAUGUACGCCAGCGUCUUCUGCCUCACCUGCAUGAGCUUCGACCGAUACCUGGCCAUCGUCCACUCCCUGUCCAGCACUCAGCUGAGAACCCGGGGCCACACCAGAGCCUGCCUCAUCGCCAUCUGGCUGCUGUCCGGGCUCCUGGCUGCUCCGACUCUGAUCUUCCGCACCACCAAGUAUGAUCCAACCAGCAACCGCACCUCCUGCGCCAUGGACUUCAGCCUGGUGAUGACCAAAGUGGAGCAGGAGAACCUGUGGAUCGCAGGGCUCAGCAUCUCCUCCUCAGCUCUGGGCUUUCUUCUGCCUUUCCUGGCCAUGAUGGUGUGCUACGGCUUCAUCGGCUGCACCGUCACCCGGCACUUCAACUCCCUGCGCAAAGAGGACCAGCGCAAGAGGAGGCUGCUGAAGAUCAUCACCACGCUGGUAGUGGUGUUCGCCGCCUGCUGGAUGCCCUUCCACAUCGUGAAGAGCGCUGACGCCCUCUCCUACCUGGAGCUGUUUCCCGCCAACUGUGCCUUCCUGCGCUUCCUGCUGCUGGCUCACCCCUACGCCACCUGCCUGGCCUACGUCAACAGCUGCCUCAACCCCUUCCUGUACGCCUUCUUCGACCUGCGCUUCAGAUCCCAGUGUCUCUGCCUGCUGAACCUCAAGAAGUCUUUGCAUGCGAGCCCGGCCUGCUCCCUGUCCUCUCAGAAGACAGAGGCUCAGUCUCUGGCCACGAAGGUGUGACGACAGCUCAGGGCCCAGAGGCAUACUGGGGAAGAGGUGAACAAUGCAGAACAAUGCAGAUAAAUCAAAACUGUACAGCACCGGGUGCUUGCUCACAGACAGUCUGCGGGUCAGUUUCGGGGCGUCACGUUUGCUCCUCUCUGACUUUGAAACACUGUGGGGGUUUGCCUGAGAAACGGCAGACAGGUUUGUGGUCCGACCACAUUCAAACUUCAGCCUCACUUUCAGGAUCAGGGAAGCAAAAACUGAACUAUUUAAUACAAGGGACCAAGCUGGCUUUUUUGAAAAAGCGGAAUGUAUUUUGAGAGGACCUAAAUGCUCAUGUGUUUUCUCCUGUGGACUUUUAUGCAAAAUACUGAGCUUUUGAACUCUUACAUCCUCUCAUCGAGUCCCAGUGAAGAAGUGUGUUACUCAUGCAUUUGUCCCUGCUGUUCUUGUUUUCAUUCGUAAGCACUUGAGGUGUGAAAUCUACCAGACAACCUUGUAGUAGUAUCUGUGUCACCGCCAGCAGUGUUACGUAUGUGUGUGCGUGUUUACGUGUGUGUGUGUAGAAUGGGUGUGCCAGUCGCUAAGAGGUGUUUGAGUCUGAUAAGAGUGUUGUAAGCAGAGACGGUGGUAGUGGUAGGGGGUGGCAGUCAGCCCCAGACAGACAGACAGAUGGCAGCUGACAAAUGCUUUCAGGCUGGUAGAGGGCCCAAUUAAAAGGUGGCUGCUUUGACAGUCUGCUGGUGUGUGUGUAUGUGUGUGUGUGUCUGUGAAGGAAUGAGUCUGUUCAAUGAGCGUCAGCAUGACAAUGAAUUUGUCCCUGCAAAUACAUGAAAGCAUUUUGUGAAUACACGUCAUUUUGAAUUGAUUGUUUAUGAUUUGUAAUAAAAACAAAAGUCAUUUGAAAAAA